AUGAAAAGAAGAACAGGCAUGACGGGUGUUUCUCCAUGUUCUCUCUGUUUUCAGUGUUUACAAACAAGAACCAAAUAAACAGACCUCCAUGUCAGCAUUUGGGUAGCAGUAAUUCUUUCCAAAGAUGGCAGACCAAGCCAUUCCACUGAGACUACGACUCAUCACGUAUCUUACCCCUGGCGUACCCAUCGAGUACUUUGAGUUAUUGAAGGAAUAUCUUGAAGAAAAGUUACAAUGUUAUGUGUAUCUUCUGUCUGAGAGUCGCUGGUCUGGACCGCCUGCUGACCGUGUAGAUCCUUUUGCAACAGGAGAUGCUGAUAUUGGAUUUGUUUGCUUUCCAACAUUCCACCGCAUGUUUUUGGAUCCAAACAGCACAGUUAUUCUCCUAGGUAUAGCUGCUGGAAAUGCUGACCCUCGCAUUCAAGAUCAACCGAUGUACUUUUCAGAUGUUAUUACCCACAAAGAUAAUUGUACUAAAUUCAAAGAGUUUAAAGACCUGCGUGGUUCAAGAUGGGCAUACAAUGACGACUACUCAUUAAGUGGAUGUCUCAUAACACUCAGGGAACUACGGAAGAUUGGAGAAAAUGCAAAUUUCUUUGGCAACAUUGUUCGAUCAGGCGCCCAUUUGAAGUCGAUCAAGAUGGUCUUGGACAAAAUGGUAGACGGUGCCGCAAUCGACUCCAACACCCUCUCCUAUCAGAUGAAAUGUGAUCCAGAGUUGAGGAAGAAACUACACAUUGUCACAUCAUGGGGACCACUACCCGUAUACCCUGCUGUGGUCAGCUCAAAAUUACCCGAGGAACUGAGGAACUCGUUGGUCAGCCACUUUCUCAAGAUGCAUGAAGAUCCAAAGUGGCAGGCUCGUCUGAAUGAGUUCUUGGUGACUAAGUUUGUCCCUGUCACAUUGGAGGACCUUCAAGGGGAGGGAGACAAAAUCAGGGAAGAAGUUGGAGAGAUGACCAUGACCAAAGAAGUAAACUACUAAUUUUUUAUAACACCCUCACCCUAGUCUUGGUUCUAAGACCAUGGUGUUUUAUGUACUAUCCACCAAAAUACAACAGCAUCGUCUUAGACUCGCAGGGCACUCAUACAGAAACACCAAAGAACCCGUCUCUCAGCUUAUCACCUGGUUACCAAAACAUGGAAGGAGAAACAGACAGCUAUACAGAUGUACAUAGUUGCUGGGACAUCAGGGUGCUUCCAGCUGAUCUUCCCAACUUAAUGAGAGAUAGACAGGGAUGGGCAAAUUUCAACCCUAACCCAACCUCGGUCGACUAGAAAGAGAGAGAGAGAGUUUAUGUACACCAAACCAAAGUUUGAUGGAUUUAUGUGCAAUGUGAUAAUCAUAAUAAUCAUAAUAGCCUAAUAACUUUAAGAUUGUGCUAGGGUGGAAUGUUAGGCCAUUAACUAUUUUGUUGUAAUAAUAAUAAUGUUACUAAUAAAACACCAAACCUUUUCCAUAUUAAAUAUAAUAAAAUGUGCCUUAAGUUAUAAGACAAAUCAAAAUACUAAGAAAAUACAUACAGAUAAGAAAGAACAAAAACAGAGCCAAAUAAGUGCAUAGGCCUCCUACAAAUUUACUGGCCAUGGAAGUGCCCUCUGCAAAAUGAAAAUGUCCUUGCCCUCUUCUUAAAUAUGAACUUUGAGGCCUGAAAGUUGUAAACAAAAUCUUUAAAAAAAGAGAACAAAAGGCAAUUUUUAAAUAAUAGAGGGCGCUGUUUUGUGUUACUGCACUAGGAUCCUACAACGGGUGCCUAGAGAGAAACUCAUGCCCUGAGAAUAAUAAUAGUAAUAAUGGCUUCUUAUAAUUAUCGCGCUCACGCAGUGACGCUCAAGGCACUCCAACAUUA